UUGUUCUUCGCCUGAGAUUUAAAACCGACGAAUUAACCUUUUCUCUCUGCGCCUGCUGCGAGAACGCCGAGGAAUCAAACGAUUGUGCGAAGCUUGAUAUAUCUGAAUGGAUCUGGAAACUGAGAAUCGGAUAGCUUCGAUUCUGUUAAGAGAAGCAGCGGAGUUGAGGAGACAAGCUGAGAAGGAAGGAGUCCGAGCUUAUCUUGAGAAGCCUAAUGUAAGGCAUCGACCUAACUCCAGGUUUCUCACCGCUACUGUUCUUGGUGUUCAACAAGCAAACAAAGCUGUAGAGACCGAUGAGAUGUGGAGGCUUCGUCGCGCAGAGGUUGAGUUUGAUGAGAGGCUCAAAAGAAAAUCAAGAGAAGAGAGCUGUGGCAGUGGCCAAAGUGAAGAGGGCGAUAGGAGGAGUUUUGGUAAGAGAUGCACUUCAGUUGAUGAGAAUGUUGCUGGCUCUUCACCGUCGUCAAGUCAGAGCAGAAACAAAAGAUGGCAACGUGAUGGUGAUGAUGAUGGAAAAGGGUUGGGAGAUGUCGAGGUUGAGACUUUUCUCCAAUCAAGGGUUAAGCGUGGCAGAGGCUCUGUUGGUCCUAAGAUGGAUGAACCAUUUCCUUGUCUUCAUGUGCCGAAACCCUCAAGAACUUCUUAUACAGGAGGAGAAUGCAAGUUAGUUUCACAGCCAGAGAAACGGCCUAUAUUGAGACAUCACACAGAUUCUUCUUCUUCUUCUUCUUCUUCCGAUGAUGAAGCUCAUGAGCGUACUCAUAGAAAAAGAAAAGAGCGUAAGCAGAAACGUAGUAAGAGGCACAAGUCAAAAGAGGAGAAAAGAGAUAGGAAGGAGAAGAGGAGAGAAAAGAAAAAGAGAAAACAUGAUAGGGACUAGGUCUUCUUCUUCGGACAAAAGCUAUUUGCACACGUUGAGAAGAGUGAGAUAGGAAAGAAUGUUAAUGUUGGGUUGAGUGGGAGAGAAAGUGGAUGUUGCUGUAUUUUAAAAUGUUAUACAAGAGGUGGAUACAGAGAUUGUUUACUACUACGAUAAUGUAUGUUCAAUACAUAAACUUUUUUUCCGUUUUAA